CCUCGGUUUAACGUAGUAACGAGAAAUGUCACGAUAAUCUCUGGGCAGACGGCAGUUUUACCUUGUUCUGUAGACUACCUUGGAGAAUAUAAGGUAGUUUGGUUAAAUCAUAAAUCUAAAGUUUUAACAUUGGAAGAUCGUAGAAUAAUAACAGAUGAGAGAAUCAGCAUUGAACGACCCUACGUCAAGGAAUGGAACUUAUACAUCCGCCAAGUCAAACCCACUGACCAGGGGGUGUAUAUGUGUCAAAUUAAUACAGACCCCAUACAAGUCAGACCUGUAUUUCUUCAAGUACAAGAGCCACCGAAGAUAAUCGACUACUUAUCAAGUGCAGAUGUGACAGUACAGGAAGGUGAUACUGUAAGUUUAGUAUGUAACGUAACUGGUGUGCCCACCCCUACUGUCACAUGGUACCGUAAACCCACAGGACUUCGAGAGGAAGGGGACGAUGAAAAAGAACGAAUAGGAAUAGAAGGAGAAGUAUUGGUGAUACACAAUGUAACCAGGUACUGUGAUGAUCUGUAUGAAUGUGUUGCCAGUAAUGGAGUCCCACCCUCAGUCAACAGACAUAUUAGAGUCUUAGUUGAAUUUCCACCAGAGAUACGUCUGCCCAAUAAGAAAAUUGGUCAAGCUCGGGGUAAAGAGACAAUAUUAGAAUGUAUAAUCUCGGGACAUCCCCAGGGGGUGAAUAUCUGGAGACGGAAGGGCAAGGAAAUAUCACAGAGUGUAAAGUACAGGAUUGAGAUAUACGAUGAAGGGGACAAUACUGUGACACUGAGUUUACGAAUCCGAGCGAUAGAUCGUGAUGACUAUGGUGAAUAUGAAUGUGUCGCUAACAAUAUACUUGGCGAAGAUUCAGAAGUUAUGACCUUAUAUGGUAAGCAUCGUCUAUAUUCUAGUCUGCAAUGCUCUUCUGCUUUUUUGACAUGGCCGUGGAAAAAAUUGCACUGA